AUGAUGGCUACAUAUAUACUUUUGGAUCCAAAUGAUAUUGUUCAACAACAACAAGCAAUGGCAGCGGUUGCAGCUGCUGCUGUUAAUAAUACGACAAAUAAUAAUAAUAAUCUUUUAACUAAUACUAUUCCUAAUUCGACUGUUUUAAACAAAAGUUCGUCAUCAAACGAUGUAAGUUUGAAUGAACAUCAUUAUUUUACUUUUUUUUUCUUCUUCUUCUUAUUUACUGACCGAAUGUGAAAUGACUUUUAUCUUUACCGUUAUAUGUCUGUAUACAUACAUUCAUCACAUGUCUAUUUAACUAACCUUCAUGUGAUUAUACAUAUGAUGUACAUACAUCAAGUAUUGAACCUCUUUUUUUUUUUUUUUGCUUUCUUUGUCUAUUUUGCUUUAAUCCAUCAUCAUCUUUUGUUUAUGUGGAUUGAACGCAAUCGGUGGAUGGAAAGUCAUCUAGGUUCUUUUUUUUUUCUUACUUGGAUUUACGUCACAAAGGUCAUCACUAGCGGGUGUAAUUUGAAUAUGAAAUGGAAAAGAAAAAAAAAAGACUUCGAUCGUAUAAUCAAAUGAGUACGAGUAUAAGUGUGCAUGCAUAUGUAUAUGUGUAUGUGAGAAUGAGACAGAGAGAGAAAAAAACUAUUCGUCGCUAUUGCCAAUUGAUCGGUAAUAGUGAGAGAAAUUUAGAUUCAGACAUUGUCGUGUCUCUCUCUCUCUCUUUACUCUAAUUAAACACAAAAUGAUAAUGCCCAGAAGAACUAAUAGAAAAAUUUUUCUCUUCACUUGUUCGUUCGUACAGCUGGUAGUGCUACAACAAUACCAUUAGUAUUGAGUGGUUCUCUUUCUUUCAGCUUUAUAUAUAUAUAUUGAUCAUUAUCAUCGUCGUUGAUGACAACGACAAGGUUCAUUAGAUCGGCAAUGCAACAGAUUGAUUCUCGGCAAAUGAAUAAUGAGAACUAGUUGUCUCUCGAGAUACCUUAUGUACAUAUAUAUUGAAGUUAAGUAAUGUACUCAAGGGAAAGCAUAGAAAAACCGGAACUAGACAAUGAUGAUAAAUAGACUCUUACAUGUAAGAUCCGUAAAUCCGCAAAUAAAUAAAGUGUUUGUGUGUGUGUGUGUGUGUGUACAAGUAAUCAUCGAUUCUUUCCUUUUUUUUUU